CACCCGACCAUACAAAAAGAAGAACUCUGUCCCCUUCUCGUCGUUCUGAAAGACUGUGAACCCUGGAGUCCUAAAUCAUCACACAGGAAGCUGAGGACUUCCUGUUCAAUCAGGACGUUGAGCCUUGAGUUCGUCAAAAUUCGAAAAGCUCCAGAAACAAAGACUUCGUGCACAAAACCCCUGAGACCGGAGGCCCGCCGCCCUCUGACGGCAAAGAAAACGGAGCCUAGCUCCAGGAUGACAGAGGCCAGCACGGCGAUCACAGUCCCUACAGAGAACUUUGACGUGACGACAGAAUAUGACUAUGAGGGCAUCACCCCGUGCCAGAAGGGGGAGGAGAGGGCCUUCGGGGCCCAGCUGCUGCCCCCCUUGUACUCGCUGGUGUUCGUCGUCGGCCUGGUGGGCAACAUCCUGGUGCUCUUGGUCCUUUUGCAGUACAAGAGGCUCAAGAGUAUGACCAGCAUCUACCUCCUCAACCUGGCCAUCUCUGACCUGCUUUUCCUCUUCACGCUGCCCUUCUGGAUUGACUACAAGCUGAAGGAUGACUGGAUUUUCAGCGACGGCACCUGCAAGCUGCUCUCGGGGCUUUAUUACAUAGGCCUGUACAGCGAGAUCUUUUUCAUCAUCCUGCUGACGGUGGACAGGUACCUGGCCAUCGUCCACGCCGUGUUCGCCCUGCAGGUUCGCACCGUCCCCUUUGGCGUCCUCAGCAGCGCCGUGGCCUGGGGCCUGGCCGUCUCGGCCUCCAUCCCGGGCUUCUACUUCUCCAAGACCCAGCGGGAGUUCUCCCACAUCACCUGCAGCCUCCACUUCCCUCACGAAAACCUAAAAGCCUGGAAACGGUUCCAGGCUCUGAAGCUGAACACGCUGGGGCUGGUGUUGCCUCUGCUGGUCAUGAUCGUCUGCUACACCGAGAUCGUAAGGAUUCUGCUCAGGCGACCCAACGAGAAGAAGGCCAAAGCCGUCCGCCUGAUUUUCGUCAUCAUGAUCGUCUUCUUUCUCUUCUGGACCCCUUACAACCUGGCCAUGCUGGUCUCUGCUUUCCAAGACACCCUUUUCACCGACGAGUGUCGGCAGAGCAAACAGCUGGACGUGGCCAUGCAGGUGACGGAGGUGAUCGCCUACACGCACUGCUGCGUCAACCCCGUCAUCUACGCCUUCGUGGGAGAGAGGUUCCGCAGGUACCUGCGCCAGCUGUUCCACGGGGUCCUGGCCACGCGCCUGGCCAAAUGGCUCCCCUUCCUCUCCGCGGAGAGGCUGGAGAGGACCAGCUCGAUGUCGCCCUCCACGGCGGAGCAAGAACUCUCUGCGGGGUUCUGACUCGGGCCCCUGGGGGCCGAUGCGGGACCCAGCCGGGGUGACCUGCCAGGCGCGCCGACCCGAGCCGAGGCAGGUUGGGGCUCGUGGCCAGAUCCGGACACGUGACCAGCACGGAAUGUGCAGCCACGUGGGGGUGAGCGAGUUGAAAGGCGGUGCGGGCUGAGUUCCCUCCGGGCCAUGAACCUUCUCCAAGAACUUCUCCCUGGUGGGAAGGAGACGAAUGAGCCAAACGGGACAUUCCAGAAGACCGGGACCGAGUUUACCUGUGAAGGCCUUGGGCCCAGACAGGAUUUCAGAUUCGUGAGCAUUAGCAUUUGUAAACAGAGCCCCUUGACCCCAGGCAGCCCCUGCCCCUGCUCCCACCACCAGUGAACUUGGAAGCAGUGAUUUCCGCAGCUGACUUCGCUCCGAGUGGAGAGCCAAUCAGCAGCCAGCAGCCCCUCUCCACCUUCCCCUCCCCUCCCCUCCCCUCCCCUUCCCUCCCCUCCUGACCGCUGCAGGGCUUAGGUGCUUGGAAACCCUGAGGAACAGAGAACUCAGGGUGGGACAGCCAGAGCCCUGGCGGGGAAAUAGGAUUGGGGAACUGCUGUUGGCAGUAGAACUGAGAUCUCUGCCCCUCCCCUGCUCAGGCUUUGUCUCUCAAAAAUACUAAAUAAAAAAAAAAAUUUUUUUAAACAGCUUAAAAACACAAAGGGAAAAAGGAAAUACCAAAACCACCCAUAAUCUCACCACCCAAAGACAACUACUGUGCAUUCUUCGAUGUAUUUUCUCUUAGUUUGCUUUUUUUUUCCCCGUAUGUAUUUACGAUGGUGACAAAGGUGAACUUCAGCUGUUUUCCUGUCGUUGUUGUUGUUUCCCAGGUGAAUAGAUCAGUUUAAAGCAUUGUUUCUGACGGCUGCACUGAACCCCACAGCAGGGAUACACCCAAUUUACUCCACGCGUUUCCCCAGAUUUGCUUGCCGGAAUCAGUUCAAUCCGGGCAGUGGUGACUGAGGACGUGCUUUUUUCAAAGCGAGUUCUCUGAGCUCUGGGAGGCACACAGGCACAGGGGGUGCCCUGGGGCCCGUGGUGCUUGGGCAGCAAAGGGGAGGAAGGCAUCCACCAGUCAGAAAACAUCCUAAGGUGGGGGGGGGGGCGGAGGACGGUAGUGGGGAGCGCCUGGGUGGCUCAGUCAGCUAA